AUGAAAGGAAGUUGUGCUAUUUAUAAGCGAAGUAAAAGUCUAGCUAAAACCCACAAGGUAGGCUCUGACAGGAAGCCAAAAGCCACAGAACUGAUAACAUUAGGAAAAUCAAGCUGCACAUGCACUGGUUCUCGUGAAAGGGGGAGUAUAUUAAUAUUGUUGAAGUGUAGAGAUAAUUUCAUGUGGGCGGGUCCUACCAUGUUAGGAGCACAUGCAACUUCCGGCUUUGCGCUUGGACCAACUGAAAAAAGCCUCAAGGACCCACCUGAGUUCCCAUGA